AUGAGCGUGUUCGGUGGCGACAGCUGGGGGCGCGAGGCGCAAUGCCGGAAGAGGAGAGUCGACGAUCUAUUAAUCGACGGCGUCGAAGCUUCUGCUUACAAGAGGCUUACCAAUGGCAAAUUCGCUUGCCUUGUUUGCCCCCAAAAUCCCGUUCUCGACACCCCGAUUAUGCUCUCAACACAUGUGAAUGGCUCACGCCACAAAGCUGCCGAGUCGAGGCAUAGAAAACGAGAAUUGUAUAUACAACAAGAAGCGAACAAACGAUCAGGAUUACCGGAUUGUGUUAUCAUCUCCAAUCGUCCGUUCGGUACUCGGAAAAUGAAUUCCCAAAAGCCCUUGAUCGAACGAGCCAGUAAGGCUGCAUCUGAGGUGUUUCUUGGCCAAGAGCAUAAUCCGAAAUCUGAAAUCGGUAAUUCAACUGUGCCAAGUAUUGAAAAUUGUAACGGUUGUGCUAAAGGCAUUCAAAUUGAAGGCACAAACAAAGGGUUUGUUAGAAAGGUACCGAAAUUGGAGUAUAGAGAACAGGUAGAGAGGGAGCUCAAGUUCACGGCUGCUGGGUGGAAACGAGAUUGUCAUGGCAGAUGGUUCAAGGAUGAGAAUGCCGAGUUUGAUUCUGAUGAAGAGGACCCGAACCUAGUCUUGAACGACGCCACUUGA